AUGGCAAUGGCAGCCUUGGCCCGUGAGACCCCAGACAAUCAUGUGCGAGACUUCGCAGUGAGUUUGCUGAGCAAAGCCACAAGAAAUGCAGAAAACCGUGAUCGCCUGCAGUACUUCAAGGAUGCAGGCCUAAAGGUUCAGAGCGUGUGCAGUGGCAUUGACGCAGUUGGCGAGGCCUUGAGACUGCUUCAGUUGGCCAUGCAAGAAAAUGCGGGGCACGCAGAGGCCGCCGAGGAGACUGACGGCGACGACGGCGACUUGUGGGUCGUAAAGAGCUCCUGGUGUGACAGUGGCGCAGCCCAGCAGGCAUUUUUGCUUGCUCGCGCAGAUCAGAUAGAUGGUCACUUACGACCAUGUCUUUUCCAAUCUGUGGAAGACAUGGUGGCCGACAGUGUGCGGGAAGAAUUGGGGAUGCUGACAACGCCUGCCUGUGCCAAUCGUGAACAGAAGACAGCAGCUGCAGCUUGGUAUCAGCAGCUCGGCAUCUCGUUGACAGAGAAAGGUCCAUUGGCAUUUCCAGCGGAGCAUCAAGCAUUUUGCUUGGUGCACAAGCAGCAGUGUCAGGUUAGGCAGUCCAGAUGCAUGCCGGCCGGCAUGCUGAAGACGAACCCCGUGCUCAUGAAUUGCGCAGGACUGCCCUGCGUUGCAUACAGCAAAGUAGGGCUGCGGCGGCAAGCCGCGGAUCCUUCGGAGAUGGCCGUCCAGGUGUAUCUCAGUGAGCGACAGCAGUGUCUGGAAGAUUUCUUCCUUUUCGAGAAUGUGAGUUUGUUCCCCUACGAGAAGAUCGAGCAGAAGUUGCGGCACACUCACCACCUGGUGCCUCUGACCUUCGGACCCAAGGACUGUCCUGCUGCUGUGUUGCUGCAUUUCACUCAUUGA